CAGGCCACGAAAAAUGUCCUCGGCCGUGGGGCCCCGAGGUCCUCGCCCACCCACGGUGCCUCCCCCUAUGCAAGAGCUGCCCGACCUGAGCCACCUGACCGAGGAGGAGAGGAACAUUAUCAUGGCAGUGAUGGACCGACAGAAGGAAGAGGAGGAAAAAGAAGAGGCCAUGCUCAAGUGUGUUGUCAGGGACAUGGCGAAGCCUGCUGCCUGCAAAACACCAAGAAACGCUGAAAGCCAGCCCCAUCAGCCACCACUGAGAUUGCAUCAACAGUUUGAAAGCUACAAGGAGCAAGUGAGAAAAAUCGGAGAGGAAGCGAGGCGUUACCAGGGCGAGCACAGAGACGAUGCCCCGACAUGUGGAAUCUGUCAUAAGACAAAGUUUGCUGAUGGAUGCGGCCAUCUCUGCUCCUAUUGUCGCACCAAGUUCUGUGCACGCUGUGGAGGCCGUGUGUCUCUGCGAUCGAACAAUGAGGACAAAGUGGUUAGAAUCCAUGCUUUCUUUUCUAUGAUUUGA